AUGCCACUUUCCUGGGCAGCUCCUCCCUGGACCAAUCAGAGCCGCACACGUGAGCUGGAGUUCGUGUUGCUAGGCUUCGCACAUGUGCCCUCCCUGCGCCCAAUGCUCUCAGUGCUCUUCCUGACCGCCUUCCUGCUCACGUUGUUAGGCAACACACUCAUUGUCUUGCUCACCAGCCUGGAUCCAGGCCUGCGUGCGCCCAUGUACUUCUUCCUAAGGCAGCUGGCCCUGGUGGAGAUCUGCUUCUCACUGGACGUGGCGCCCCGUCUGCUGGUGACCCUACUGUGGCCUGGACGUGGGCUGUCCCCGACAAGCUGUGCCCUGCAGCUGUUUCUUGUGCUGUCCUGUGUCACAUCCGAGUGCUUGCUUCUCACGGUCAUGGCCUGGGACCGCUUCCUGGCCAUUUGCAGGCCACUGCGCUAUGGUGCCAUCAUGAGCUUGAGGCUGUGCCACCUGCUGGCCACUACCUGUUGGCUCUCAGGAGUCCCUGUGUCGCUGGUCUUCACCAUCUGGCUCUUUAACUUUCCCUUCUGUGGGCCACGGGGCAUCCGGCACUACUUUUGUGACAUUCCACCUCUGCUGAGCCUGGUGUGUGCAGACACCAGAGUCUUCGAGGCCAGUGUCUUUGUGGCCACAGUGCUAAUUAUGAUAGUUCCGGUCUGUCUCAUAGUCAUGUCCUAUACCAGGAUUCUGGCUUCUGUCCUUCGGAUGCCAUCAGCCUCUGGGCGCCACAAGGCCCUGUCCACCUGUGCCUCCCACCUCAUCGUGGUAAUUCUUUUUUAUGGCACAACGGGGGUCAUCCACUUGCGCCCCAAGGCCAGCUACUCUCCUGAGAGCAAGCAAGUGGUGUCUCUGUCAUACACCAUGGUGACUCCCAUGCUCAAUCCUCUCAUCUACAGCCUGCGGAACAAGGAGUUCAAGGCUGCCUUAGGUCGUGUCUUCCUUCAGAGACGAAGCACCUUUACCCUCUGA